UUUGUUGAGGUGAAAUAAUAUUCUGUGACCUAAACCUAACCAAUCUUUGUUUAUUGUUGUCAUUCAUUUCGCUUGUCAAAAUUACACAAAAUUCAAAUAUUGUCACUUUUAGUUUUAUUACUUCACUGAUUGUUUAAACUUUGAUGAAUCACAAGGCUUUCUUGGAUUUAACGUGUGUUAAUUAGUUAAUUCCUAAAUAUAGAAACAUAUGUAGGGUUCAUUUAAAAAAACAAUUUUUCAUUCAUAACCUCCAUUUCAUGGAUGAUCAGUGCCUUUUUCUUGUUUCUCAUAAGUGAUAAAUUUUGUAUGUACAAGUAAAAUGACCGUAUCUUAUACAUCUGAAGUUGCCAGUGUGAGGGGACUUGGUUGCUUCUUAAAACUAUUAGUAAGAUGGAAAGGAAGUAUUUACAAAUUAGUGUGGAUGGAUCUUAUAGUAUAUUUAAGUAUUUAUUACUCCCUCAACUUUAUGUAUAGAUUUUGUUUGGAUGAUGUUGGGCAGGAAUUAUUCCAAGAUAUAGUUCAGUAUUGCAAAAAUUAUAUUGAUCUCAUACCAUUGUCUUUCGUAUUAGGUUUUUAUGUUUCUAUUGUGAUGACGAGGUGGUGGGGGCAGUACACCACUAUUCCAUUUCCAGAUAAUUUAGCUGUAUUUGUUAGCACAACUGUACAUGGUCAGGAUGAAAGAGGUAGGGUAAUGAGGAGAACGAUUAUGAGGUACGUUUGCACCUGCAUCACAAUGACUUUCACUAUGAUUUCCCCGAAAGUGAAAAAAAGAUUUCCUAAUUUGGAUUAUUUCGUUGACGCCGGGCUUCUGCAGCAGAACGAGAAGGAAAUCAUGGAAGAUUUGAAUAAGAAAUCUCCUACAUACUCGAAGCAAUGGUUACCCAUUGUUUGGGCUGCAAGUAUUAUCACGAGAGCGAGAAAAGAAGGCAGAAUUAGAGACGAUUUUGCCGUGAAGACAAUAAUCGAUGAAUUGAAUAAAAUAAGGGGACAGUGUGGAAUGUUGCUCAAUUAUGACCAUAUUAGUGUACCACUUGUAUAUACUCAGGUAGUAACUAUAGCCGUAUAUAGUUACUUUUUAACGACUUUAAUGGGACACCAAUGGAUCGACGACGGAAAAAAUUUCAAGUUCGACGUGUACAUGCCCAUUUUCACUCUGCUUCAGUUUUUCUUUUACAUGGGAUGGUUGAAAGUUGCCGAAUCUCUCAUAAAUCCCUUCGGCGAAGACGACGAUGAUUUCGAGGUCAACUGGAUGGUGGACAGGAACAUACAAGUAUCCUAUCUGAUAGUAGAUGAAAUGCACCACGAACAUCCCCAGCUUUUGAAAGAUCAGUAUUGGGAUCAGAUAGCUCCGGUCGAAUUGCCUUACACGGCGAACACAAUUCGUGAGACCCACCCUCUACCUUCUACCGCUAACAUAGCCAAGAAGUUCGAAAGCGUGGAUCUGACACCCUCCUCCAUAAAAAUUGACGAUUUUCAGAGUAACGAUAUGAACUCUGGUCCAAUUAUGUUCACCGCGAACGGCAACAGGAAUUUUUCAGCUUCUAUGAGGUCUAGGGGUGGUUCGUUCUCCACGACAGUUCCUGAUGGAAGUAUGACGAGAGUCAACUCCGUGAGUAGCAUGCUAAAGAGGUUUUUCAGCAGAGACGAGAGUAAACCUGAUAAUAGGCCAGACAGUCGAAUGGGGUCUACUCAGGAACUUAUAAAUCUCACCCAAAAGCCAAAACCCAAAUUGGCGCCAGAUGUUAUAGAAGAGGUGGAUGAACAACUCACCAUUAAUUCCCAAAGGAGCGCCAAAGAAUCUCGUCCUAGUAUAAUUGGACAUUUUUCUUCACCUUCUGAACCUAUUGAUAUGCCGUCAUCGUAUAGAAGUGGAGAAUCAAGGAGGACCCAUUCGCCUCUUUCAAAAUCUGCACCGGUGGAUGGCGAAGACGAUGAAGAUGACCACCUAAGUAUUGGUGGUUCAGUAACUGAUCCAUCAGAUACUGAUGAUGAAUUUUCUAAACUCAGGAAGAAACGCAGUGAGGAGCGUCUUAAUAGGUUUAGAUUAUUUGUUAAUUACCUCACGAAGCAACAAACAACAGGCUGAAAGUCAAUCUUGCCAGGUCAGUUAGCGUAUGUGGACAGGGGGAAAAUGAUGUCCUUCUGUACCCUGCAUCACCAGACACUCCAGAAUCUUCGCUCAAUAUUUGAAUCAUUAUUUUCCAAAGAAUCAAUUGUGCCUUUCUAGAGAUUCAGUCACAUUCUUGAGAAAAGUACUUUUGGACGAAGUUAUAAGUUCAAAUUAUUGUGUUAAUAGAUGUGAUAAGGACUUUUCGAAUUGAUACAGUUUGAGUUGAUUCAAUUUUGCCUAAUUUUCAGACAUUUACUGAGACUAUAUUUAUUAUAUUAUUGUUUAUGUGAUUUUUAAACUUCGGUAUUAUUCAAAUUUAAUAACGAAGCAUAGGAUUGCCAUUCGAUUAAAAUGGCGGCGUCAUUUGAGGUUAGUUUUCAUUAUUGAUAUUAUUUUUGGAUAUUAAAUAUGGAUUGCUAUACCAGAGGUUGAGAAAGGAAGUACAAUUUUAAUUUAAUAAUUUAGUUUCGUUACCUACUUAUUUUUACCAGUGAAAAACCUAGUGUAGAAGAAUAACAAUUUUAAAAAUUUUUGCAAUAAUUGGCAAAUACUAAUAUAUGCUAAAACCUUUGCAAUAUACUAUAGAGUUAAUAAUAACUGCACUGUAAAUCAUUUACAGUAUAUUAGUUCAGUUGUCAUAUUUAUUUUUUCAAUUAACAACGGAUUUUCUUAUUACCCCGUGUGUUGUAAGUUUAUUUUCAAAUAGUUCAUAGAUUUUAUUACCACGUUUAAAAUCAGUUUUUUCAAUAAAAAUAACGAAUGAUUUUUAGUAUAUAAAGAAUAAGUUGCCAUUGUAAAAUACUUUUCUUAAAAAAUCAAAUAUGUAAUAACUACAAUGAUGUAAUGCGAAUAUGAUUAUUUUUUUGCGCCUGAAUAGAGGCAAAUUGGUGGGGAAGCUUUCAAAAAACAAGAAUGACUAAUCCAAGCUACAAUAUUCUUUGAGAAAAAACUCAAAUAUUAUAUAAUCUACUUUUUUGUUGAAGUUCCCCACCAACAUGAAACGAUUUUUGUUGUAUAAUUAAAUUGUGAUUUUAACUCGGCAAUAAUAUAAUGUGAAUUGCGAUAGAUUCUCUUAACAGUACCGAGGUUAUUUCAAAAUAGUACUUCUAAUGAUGAAAAUGCAUUUUUUCAUUUCAAUUGAUACUCUCAGAUCAAAAGACAAGUUAUGUUGUACCAAUAAACUUGCAGAUCUAUUUACCUGCAUAUUUUUAGAAUUUGCAAAAUGAAACCUAAUCAUAAAACCUUCACCAAUUUUUUGCUCUAGCUUUUGACCAAAAUUUGCAAUAGAAAAACUGUUUCAGUAGUAAAUUGCUGAUGUUCACUUGCUCUUCAUUAUUGUGUAGAAGAUUACAAGUUCAAUGGUACUCCAUAUUCAUGAAUAAUAUUGUAUUUGUUUGACUAGUUUAUUAUGUAUUGCAAUGUGUGAUAUUUAUACAAUUAAGAGUUUUACUCAAAUUUACACUGAUAAAUAAAGUAUCAUCUAAUUUUGAA